AUGGCCACAUCACCUGCUAGUGGGAUCCUGGUAUUUGCAUGCACUGUGGAAGGGGUGGAUGGCUGCAUGUGCCUGACCCAAGACACCAAGCCAGCCUGUCUUCUUCCCUUCCGUGUAGUUCCCAAGGCAAAAGCCACAUCUGAGGACUGUGCUCGGGAGUCAGCACUAACAGCAGGGUUGGCAGGUGGGUUGGAACUCAAGAACAAACUCAGACUCCCUGCUUAUGUGUUUGCACAGGCACAUCAUAAGGGGCCACUGUGCAGCACAGGAUGGGCCCUUCCGACAGGGCUGGCAAGAAGGACCAGUCACAUCACGGGCACCACUCAGGAGAGGCAGCCAGCAGAAGCCCGAUCCUACAAACUGCUGAGUGCCAAUUGUAAGGCCCUAAGGGACUCAAGCAAACACCAGGAGAUCCUAGUAUGGGGCAUCCUUCCAGCUUUCACGGUCCCAGCAUUCUGGAAACCCUCAGUGCUGCAGAGACACCCACGAUCCCUCUCCACCAUCAGAGGCCAGGCUGUCAGUGCUGGCAGGUCAUCACUGGCACAGCCAUCCGCAAGAGUUUCCCAGCCUUUCGCUCGGCGGCUACGCAUUCCAGAGAUGACCAGACACAAACACAUCUCCUGUACUUGCAUACUGGAGCACUUUCUGCAGCUGGGUGAAGUCCACAAUACACUGCUCUGGGCAUAUUCCUCAACAUCAUGCCACGUGUCCCACAUGAAGACCGCAAUAUUGUGA